AGUUGAUAAGGUAUAAUACGAAAUGCGUCAGUACUCCUUGGUCUUUCUUCUUCUCGCCCUUAGCGGUCUAUUGGACGCCCAGCCAUCCGGCAAGUAUUGUGGUUCAGGGUCUACCAUAUUCGGCGACUUUGCAGUCGAAAUCGUCAUCACAAGCUCAACGACAGCCGACAUUUACGCUGUAUACACUCCCCCUGGCGGAGACGCGGGAGGUGGUAACGUGAAGGAUGUUAAAUACACUUACGACUCUUCAAAUGGCGACAUCACUGUCACUGACGUAGACAAGUUGGACGCACUGAUUGAAAAGAUUGGAGCGCCCAUUAGUGGAGCUGACCUUGCGCACCUCAAAUAUACUGACGGCAAGAUUCUCGUUGUGAAUCUAGGCAACUUCGCUCUGAACCCCUGCUGAGAGCCGUUGCGUGUCGAUUGGAAUAGCUAUGUUCAUCUUCUCGAACAUAUUUGAGCUUACCAUGAAUCUUCUUGACCAUUAUUGAUCGACCCAUUCAUCUUCUUGACCAUCAGUGAUUCAAUCAUUCAUCUUUUUGAUAAUUUCUGAUUCAACCACAGUGUAGGCCAUAGACCGUCAAGUCCUGCAGUCCUCAACCGUAAGUGUCUGCUAGACACUAUCUAGCCGCUAAAUCGUCCUGUACACACGUUGGAGCAUCAAUCUGGAAUGUAUUCCGACUGAUCUUCCUGACGUGAACUAUCAUCAUUCUUCAUUGUCAUUGGAACGCUCAUGUGUAGUCGGUAAUCAGGUGAGGCGUAUCGUCUACGCGUAACCAGUCUCAGAUCUAA